AUGGACGUCAAACCGCAAGACCUCGACGCCAAGUCGGUCAUCUCUAUGCAAGAGCUAGAUCCCUCGCCUGUGGACGACUCAACCCCCGAUCUUGAGACCCUCGAAAGCGGCCAAUAUUUGUCUAAGCCUGAGGAAGACAAGCCGAAGCGCACCUGCGGAUUCCCAGCACCGAAACUAGGCCUCCGAGCCCACCGGUGGGAUGCAUUGUUGUCUGGUUUUCAGAAAUACUCGACCUACCCACCGACGGCCUUUUCCGUGCUGCACUUCGCUAAUACCGCACUUUUCCCACUUGUGACCCGCUCCGUGCCCGCAAGCGAGCCCUAUCUCCUGCUCACGCGACCAGUCUACCAGGCUCCAGGUCUGGAGCAUCUCGUUCUCACAAUUCCCGUCCUCACGCAUAUCAUCUCUGGAAUCGCCCUGCGCAACAUUCGUGCAUCGCGACGAGCUCGAUUAUAUGGUGCGGAGACUCGCGCUCAGCGAUCUUUGCUCUCCUCCUGGCCUCGGUUCUCUCUUCAAGCUCGCACAGGGUAUUUUGUUGCGCCAUUGAUCGGUCUUCAUGUUCUGGUAAACCGUGCUACACCGUUGAUAGUGGAUGGCGGGAGUUCCGGUGUGGGGUUGGGCUUUGUUGCCCAUGGUAUUGCGCGCAGUCCCGUGUUCUGGAAUAUUUUCUACCUGCUAUUUGUCACUGCCAGCGUGUGGCACUUUGUCGGUGGAUGGGCUACUUGGAUGGGCUGGAGAGUGACGACGGUCCGCAAAGAGCGUACCAGCAAGGGAUCGCUGGAAGGCUACCUGGGCUAUCCCGAGAACCAAAACCGUGCGAAGAAACAGCGCAAGAUGUGGUGGAUGGUGAAUGGAAUUGCCGCAGCAGGUGCUGCUCUCUGGCUGGCUGGUGCCCUCGGUAUCGUUGGACGUGCAGGUGAAGGUUCGGGUUGGGAAGCGCAAGGGUGGAACGAGAUGUAUAGCCAAGUGCCUAUCAUUGGUGAUUGGUUAUGA